AUGACUGGAAGACCAGCAGCAUAUGGAGAAGUCAUCUACACUCAUGCAACACCAGCAUUGGCAGGUUUGGUGCUACUUUUCAACGUCAUUGUCGUCGCCAUUAUCAUCAAAAAAGUCAAACUAAAGCCGUCCUUGAUUUACAUCCUCAAUUUAUGUUUAUCAGACACAUUUGUUGGGAUUAAUAUGAUCAUACUAAAGAGCAUGGACCCGUUCAUGAAAACGACACUGAAAGGAAAAUCCGAGGUUAAAGAAUUAUACAGCAUUAUAAAGCACGUGUUUAUCAGAUUUUCGCUGCUUAUCUCCAUCUUUAAUCUCAUUGCCAUCACCUUUGACCGAUUAUUUGCCGUUGCUUUCCCGUUUCUUCAUCAUAAGCAAAACAAGCUGUUUCCAUAUAAGAUAUGUUUCAGUGCGUGGGUUCUCUCUUUGGCGUGUGUUUCACUCGUCUACUGCGUAUCGAGAUUUCUUCUUUCAAACGUUGAAAAGUAUAACAACUUGGUAUUUCCAGUUUUAACUUACACAGCUACCAUCUUCUUUGUUGCAUGCUACACCGCUAUUUUUGUUGUCCUGCGUCGCAGUAACAACAAACUCAAGCAGAUUUCAGCGGCAGCAUUUGAGAGCACGGGGAAACAUAAUGUUGGAAGAGACCUAAAGAGAGAGGUAUGGAUGAUUUCAUCCUUCUGUUAUGCAUUUGCAUAUUUCCGCUAUAGCUAUGUUAAUAUUAUUGUCUUUUUAAAAACAAAAAAAAACAGAACGUUUACAGGAACUGAACAGUUUAUGUAA